AGUUCUCGCUAUGCAAGCUCAUGCAUGAAGAACCUUGAUAAUUAUUGCAACAAUACAGGCAAACUCAGUCAAAGGCCAUGCAUACAAAUUUACGAAACGUUUACAAAUCAAAUUGAUCCUAACGGAGUUUUUCGCCGUUCCGGCCGCGAGGGUCUAAGUGGACCGUUUACAAUGAACAUCAACGUUGGGAGCACCCGUGCCUCUAUUUUGCAUCGGCAAGAACACUUCAGAAGCAUCCAUGAUAUGCCCCUUGCGCCUUGA